UUCGCAUUUAAAAUGGUAGCAUUUUCCAUUCUAAAACUCCGCCGUAAAUAUCUCAUUCAAUAAUAAGAAAAAAAAGAGAAAAAUUUUAACAAUUCAUUGGUUAAAAUUUGUUGUGGGCUUAUUCUGAUUUUAAAAUAACAUAGAAUGAGAAAUGGUUGAGGCCGACUUGACAUUAACAGAAGAAGAGAAAGAUAUCCUUAAAAAUUAUGAUAGUCGACUUUUUGGAUUCAUUCGUUGGUUUGAUCCUGCUAAUACACUUACCGAAGUAAACCAUAGAACAUUGCUACAAAAGGGAAUUCAUUAUCUUGUGAAUAAAUUGCGGAUUGAGGGCAAAGGAGUGGAUCCAAAAGUUUUUUGUAAGCUGGGACAUUAUCACAUGUUGCAGGAAGAGUACGGAGAAGCAAUGUCUGCCUAUCAGCGAUACUUUGGACUCACUGAGGAUUAUUUUAAAGAUGCAGCAUUUUUAUAUGGAUUAGGAAUUGUAUACUUUCAUUUUAAUGCAUACCAUUGGUCUAUUAAAGCCUUCCAACAGCUAUUAUAUGUUGACCCAAGUUUUAUUAGAGCUAACGAAGUUCAUUUACGUCUAGGUUUAAUGUUCAAGUCACUAAGCAGUUUUGAUGCAAGUUUAAAACAUUUCCAACUUGCAUUACUUGAUUCCAGUCCUUGUUCUCUAUCAAAAGUUGAAAUUCAAUUUCACAUUGCUCAUCUCUUUGAGAUGCAAUCAAAGUAUGAGCUUGCUAAAGAAGCUUAUCAAGCAAUUAUUGCUGCUGCUGAUAUGCCUCCUCAAGUUCAAUCUGUUGCUUGGAGACAGCUAGGUUGGAUGCAUCACUCACACCAUCAACUUGGUGAAAAAACACAAAGAAUUCAAGAAGCAGUGCAUUGUCUUCAAAAGUCCCUUGAGCUAGAUCAAAGUAGCGGGUCGUCAUGGUAUUUUUUAGGAAGAUGUUUUGCACAACUUGGAAAGAUCCAUGAUGCGUUUACUGCUUACCGUCAUGCUAUUGAUAAAGCGGAAGCUAAUGCUGAUACCUGGUGUUCUAUUGGAGUUUUGUAUCAACAGCAAAAUCAGCCAAUGGAUGCUCUUCAAGCAUAUGUUUGUGCAGUUCAGUUAGACAAUAAUCAUGUUGCUGCAUGGACUGAUCUUGGUGUUCUUUACGAAACGGGCAGUCAUUUUAAUGAUGCAAUUAUAUGCUAUUCAAAUGCUUUAAAAGCUUGUGGAAGUCCUAACAUUGGUCUUGAAACACGAAUGCGGUGUUUAAAAGAAAAGAUGGACAGCGGUGUAGUACAUGGAGAUGUCAACAAUAGUUUACCGAGCAUAGAAGAAGCCUGGAAACUUCCAAUACCUGCUGAACUGACGACAAGGACUGUUCGACUUGUACAACAGGCACGUUUAAAACAUCAAGUUCUUUUACAAGCAAAUACUCAUUCUGCAUUAGACAAACAAGAUAAUUUGCCUCAAAAGGUUAGUGGAGAUGUUAGUCAACAAGCUCUUGAAAAGAAUGAUAUAAAAGUUGAACAUCCAAUGUUUUUCAGCAAAACUAAAUCAUUUGCUUCAUCAGUACACUCAAACUUGUCUGUAAAAGGUUCAAACAUGCAUCAACAACCUUCUAAGCCAGACUCUUCUCCUAUUUGGAAUCAAAAUAAUAUAUCAAUUUAUGAAGAAAGCUCAGUAGGUAGUCAAAUUAUCAAAGAUGAUACAAAUUUGAAUGCUAUUAACCAUUCAUCCCAAACACCAAAUGCUACACCUCAUUUUGCAGCUCAACCAUCUGUUAGUUCAGGUUUGCCUUUAAUAUCACCAGUUAGUAGUGAAAAGGAAUUAAAUCUGUUAACUAUAAGUUCGGACAUUUCGAAAGAUUUUACUGAGAAAAAGAAACUUUCAUUAACAACCUCAUCAUCUCCGACAACUAUUGUAUCUCCUAGUAAACCUUUUGGCUCACCUAAGUCUAUGCUUGCUUCUGAAUAUACGGUUCCGAAGAUUUCUUUAAUUUUAAAUGAAAAUAAAAUUCCUGUUUGUCCUCCUCGUCCUCCACCUGUACCUAAAGAUCAACUUAAUCCCCCAACACCGAGCAUUACAAUAAAUGACAGACGAGAAGCUAUGACUCCAGCACUGCGUAAUUUUUGUUUGGAUAAACGAAAUCCUGUCACUGUGAUCAAAGGGUUGUGUAAAUCUCUGAAGCUUGAUUUAAGUUUAUUUACAACAAGAAGAUUAGUAGAGCAAAAUCCGGAUCACCCUAUCGAAAUACGACAUCAAAGACAACAGAAUACAACUGAAAAUUGGGAUGAAGAAGGAAAGAUGAAUGUUUGGGCAUGUAAAAGUACAAAAUCUAAAAUGACAAUUGCUAAGUAUGCUCAAUACCAAGCUAGUACAUACCAAGAUUCAUUGCAGGCUGAUGAAGAAAUGAAAGAAAAAAAAAAAGAUGAAACAGAAGAUGACCAAAAGAAGAAAAAAAAAUUCAAAUUAAUUAAAUUUGGAACAAAUGUUGAUUUAUCCGAUUUGAAAAAGUGGAAGCCUCAACUUGCUGAACUUACAAAAUUGCCUCUUUUUUGCAAGGUUGUAUGCGGUAGUAAUAUGCUUUGUCAUGUUGGGCACAACAUACUUGGCAUGAACACAGUCCAGCUGUAUAUGAAAAUACCUGGAUGCAGAACACCUGGUCACCAAGAGAAUAAUUUAUUUGCCGCUGUAAAUAUCAAUAUUGGUCCUGGUGAUUGUGAAUGGUUUAGUUGCGACAAUAUAUACUGGGGAGUUUUCCAUGAACUUUGUGAAAAGAAUAAUAUUAAUUUUCUAUCUGGAUCCUGGUGGCCAAUAUUGGAUGAACUUCAUGAGGCUGGAAUACCUGUUUAUCGCUUUAUCCAAAAACCUGGAGAUCUUGUAUGGUUAAACUGUGGUAACGUACAUUGGGUGCAAUCAUCUGGUUGGUGUAACAAUAUUGCAUGGAAUGUUGGUCCAUUAAUUGCACAUCAAUUCGAAUUAGCUGUAGAAAGAUACGAAUGGAAUAAAUUACAAGAUUACAAAUCUAUCGUUCCCAUGAUUAAUUUAUGCUGGGGAAUGGCGAGAAACAUUCGGAUCCCGGAGUCUAGAUUUGCAAACCAUUUAAAAAUUUGUUUGGAACGUUCGUUAGCAUAUUGUGAAAAAACCUACGCAAUACUAAACGAUAUGAACGUUGAAGUAACUUGGCACGGCCGCGAAAAGAACGAAGCGGCACAUUACUGUUCAACAUGCGAAGUCGAAGUAUUUAAUAUUUUGUUUGUAAAAGAAAUGAACAAAAAGUUGCUAGUUCACUGUCAGGAUUGUGCUAGAAAAACCAGCGUCAAUUUAGAAGGAUUUAUGGUCUUAAAUCAAUACACUACUGAAGAUCUGAGAAGCGUUUAUUCUUCGUUUUGCGCAAAUACAACGAAAGGUUCAGGAGAAAAGACGUAAAAAAAACGACCAUCAUCAACCGACCAUCAUUAGUUGCAUUUAUUAAUUUUCCAAAGAACUUACGAAAUGUAAAUAUAUUUAUGUGAAGGUUCAAGUUUUGGUUCUCAUACAAAUUUUACUAAUGGUUUUUAA